AUAUUAUAAAAAGUUGAAGAUGCAUUUGCGCCUAAUAUCAUUGAUUAAAAUGAUAUAUAUAUUAUUAAUUUUUUUUUUUAAUUUAAUAUUAUUAUUUUUUAACACUACAUAUAAAAAAGAAAAAAGACAGCUAACUUCAUUUCCGUCCAUACGAUAAUAAAUGCAAGUAACGAGAUGCGUGAAUAAAUUUUGUUAAAUUACAAUAAUUGAUAAAAUUGAUUUAACAAAAAAAAAUGUUUCGCAUAGCGUUGCUUGAAUGAAUACUUAGAUUUAAUAACGAAUUAUGUUCUGUAGUAUUAAGAAAUUUCAUACGAAAUAUAUAUAUCCUCGAUAUUUUUUAAUAAUGCAUCACCUUUUUUCUUUUGUUUUUCUCUCUUUAUCUUUUAAUCGACGAUAUAUUAAAUGCGCUAUACACUUAAUGAAUACCAAACACUCUCUUAAUAUAAAAAGCGUUUAUCUAUAUUAAAUAAAAUUUUUAUCGAAUCAAUCUUUAUCAAUAUUUUUAGAUAAUAGGAUGGGUUGACGAACUUGUGUUAUCAAUUGAUACUAUAAAGGAUUAUCCAAUAAUUGACUUUAAACAUACAAGAGAAGUACUUUAAACGAGCUUAUAUAUAAAACGAACUGAGCUCGAAGAGAUUAAUAAGUAGUAUAUCACCGAUGAACUUAUAAUAUCUAUAUUAUUGAAUAAGAAAUGGUGCUAAACGUGUGGAUAUGGUGCUUUCUUGUGUCGGCAAGUAAUGUGGUAAUAGCUUUGGAAAAUGGAUUAGCUAGGACGCCACCCAUGGGAUGGUUGGCAUGGGAAAGGUUCAGAUGUAACACCGACUGCAAAAAUGAUCCUGACAAUUGUAUAAGCGACCAACUAUUUCGAACAAUGGCUGAUAUAGUUGUAGCAGAUGGAUAUGCAGCAGUAGGAUAUGAAUAUAUUAAUAUAGAUGAUUGUUGGUUAGAGAAAGACCGAAGUUAUGAUGGCCAGUUGGUCCCAGAUAGAAAACGUUUCCCAUAUGGAAUGAAAAAUUUAGCCGAUUAUAUUCAUUCGAAGGGACUUAAAUUUGGAAUUUAUGAAGAUUUUGGCAAUUACACGUGUGCUGGUUAUCCUGGAGUUAUCGGACAUCUAGAUACUGAUGCACUGACCUUUGCAUCUUGGGAUGUAGAUUAUGUAAAAUUGGAUGGGUGUUAUGCACAUCCAUCAGAUAUGGACAGAGGAUAUCCCGAAUUUGGAUAUUUUCUGAAUCAAACAGGUAGAUCUAUGAUAUACUCGUGCAGUUGGCCUGUUUAUCAAAUAUAUGCUGGUAUGAAGCCAAACUUCACAGCGAUAAUAGAACACUGCAACUUGUGGAGAAAUUUUGAUGACAUACAAGAUUCGUGGCACAGUUUAGAAACUAUUAUCGAUUAUUAUGGAAACAAUCAAGACUCUAUUGUACCAAAUGCUGGACCUGGACAUUGGAACGAUCCUGAUAUGUUAAUUAUCGGUAAUUUUGGUUUAAGUUAUGAGCAAAGUAAAACUCAAAUGGCUCUGUGGGCUAUUUUAGCAGCACCUUUGUUAAUGUCGGUUGAUCUUCGAACGAUUAGACCAGAAUACAAAGCUAUUUUACAAAACAAGAAAAUAAUUGCUGUCGACCAAGAUCCACUUGGUAUACAAGGUCGUCGUAUAUAUAAACAUAAGGGUAUUGAAAUAUGGGCACGACCGAUAACGCCGAUACAUCAAUCGUAUUAUUCUUAUGCGAUAGCAUUUUUAAAUAGAAGAACAGAUGGUACACCUUCGGAUGUUUCAGUCACAUUAAAAGAACUCGGUUUGCAAUUCCCUGGAGGAUACAAAGUAGAAGAUUUAUAUGAAGAUGUGAACUAUGGCGUCUUAUUGCCACAUACAAAGAUCAAAGUUAAAGUUAAUCCAUCUGGUGUAGUUAUUUUACGAUGUGAUUUACAACUGGAUGACAUCUAUGCCUCAAGUCAUUAUACAUCUUUUGAGCCUUUAAAUCAAGUUUUCAAAGUUAGACAAAAUCCAUAUGAAGAAUGAUUCUUUUUCAAAAUCUUUUUAUUAUAUACACAUUUGACCAUAUAGUGAUAAUUACUGAAAAUAGAAAGUAACAAAACUUACAUAAAUCUUAAAUUUAUCGAGAAUGUUAGAAAAAAGUUUUUUUUUUUUUUUUU